AUGGCCCCAAAGAAUAAGGCCAAGGCUGCUCCGAAGACGGAGCCGAAAGCUAAGAGGACCAAGUCCGGUGCCUUGGUGAUUGGAGAUGAUCCCACACCGGUGGAGAUGAAAGCCAGCAUUCAGAGGAUGCUGAAUCUUGUGAAGUACAAAGCCGACCCCGUGAGAAACAAGAGUGGGGAGUGCCAGAGCGAAGCCCAGCAAGUGCUGGAGGCCUACCGGCAGAUCGCCGACUCGGACCGAAAGGGCUUCAUCGCUGCCUACCAGAAGAAUGGCCUUAAGGACUUGAAGUGGGUGGGCCAGUACACCAAGAAGGUUGUGAAGGAGGAAGCCGAGGAGGAUCGACUUCCCAGAGAAGAGGCAGAAGGAGUUGCUGGAGGGUUUGCUCCAGGAAUCCGAAAAAUCUGGGGGCACGAGAGGAACCUGGUGAAGCACAAGAUGCCCGAGCUCUGCCGGUACUUUUACCGGACCUUGGUGGAAAGCAAAGAUGCAACCCGAUCGACCGAGUCAGGCACCUUCGAAAUGGCUGCUAGCAUAGCAGCGAAGGAGAUGAAAUGCCUGCAGAACAGCAAGGGUGAGGUGAAGUUGGAGCACCCCGAGCGGACCGAGCUGAGCAACCUGAGCAAAGUGAAGAGCCUGGAUGCCAAGCAUGGAGAGUUGAGCUCGGAAUGCAUUGCUCUCGAGAAUUGCCCCAAGCUCGCUAGCAAAGCGCCGGAGGUCCGGGUUACCCUGGAUGCUCUGAAGAAGUUUGUGGAGGAUCUUCGAAAGAUCCAGGUCCUGCUGGAUCGCAAGCUUCCCACGAUGGACGAGGCAGCCUGCAAGAACGAGAAAGCCGACAUGGAGCAGUGGAAUCGCAAUGCCAAUGAGCAUCUUGACAAUGUGAAGUUGUUGCUGAAGAAGGUUAAGGGCUGGCAGGCCUAG